AAUUAUUUAAAAAAAAAAAAAAAAACCCCAGAAAGUCCAAAAUAAUCAUAACUGUUGCCUACUUUAUUCCCAAAUUGAGCACUUUUGCUUUUAUUUAAGAAAGAACAAGGAGAGGGAUCCAAAUCACUGACCUUUAGCUUAGAGUACAGAGAAAAUGGGUUCCAAAACUCUGUUCUUCUUUGCUCUGCUUUGCUUCUCUGCUGUAUCUGCAUUUGCAGAGAACGAAGAAGAAAACCCAGGUCUUGCUAUGAAUUUCUACAAGGAUUCAUGUCCUCAGGCUGAAGACAUUAUCAGAGAACAAGUUAGGUUACUAUACAAGCGCCACAAGAACACGGCUUUCUCAUGGCUCAGAAACAUCUUCCAUGACUGUGCUGUCCAGUCAUGUGAUGCCUCACUGCUGCUGGACUCAACAAGGAGGACCUUGUCUGAGAAGGAGACAGACAGGAGCUUUGGUCUCAGGAAUUUCAGGUACAUUGAGACUAUCAAAGAAGCUGUAGAGAGGGAAUGCCCUGGAGUUGUUUCCUGUGCAGAUAUCCUAGUACUUUCUGCCAGAGAUGGGAUCGUCGCGCUAGGAGGUCCUUAUACGCCUCUGAAGACAGGAAGAAGAGAUGGUAGAAAGAGCAGGGCAGAUGUUGUGGAGGAAUACCUCCCAGACCACAAUGAAAGUAUCUCUGUUGUUCUUGACAGAUUUUCUGCCAUGGGUAUUGACACUCCUGGAGUAGUCGCCUUGCUAGGGGCUCAUAGUGUGGGUAGAACCCAUUGUGUCAAGUUGGUGCAUCGUUUAUACCCUGAUGUUGAUCCUGCCCUGAACCCUGACCAUGUUGAGCACAUGCUGCACAAGUGCCCGGACCCUAUCCCAGACCCAAAGGCAGUGCAGUAUGUGAGAAAUGACCGUGGCACACCCAUGAAGCUGGAUAACAAUUACUACAGGAAUAUAUUGGACAACAAGGGCUUGUUGAUAGUUGAUCACCAGCUAGCACAUGACAAAAGGACAAAGCCUUUUGUGAAGAAAAUGGCCAAGAGCCAAGACUACUUCUUCAAGGAGUUCUCUAGGGCCAUCACCAUCCUCUCCGAGAACAACCCUCUCACUGGUAACAAAGGUGAGAUCAGAAAGCAGUGUAAUAUGGCCAACAAGCACCACUAGAAGCUUUCCUACAUGUGCUUGCUUGAUGGAGAAGAUAAUAAAAUGGUUUUUCUAUAUGACCAAUGUUGAUGGGUAGUGAUCAAUGCUAGUGAGUGGUAUGAUGAUGAUGUGUAAUGAUGAAUGACCAUGUUUUAUUAAAUGUCCUGCUUUUCCAGUCUACGUUUCUUUUCUUCUCUUGCUUUCAAGUUGAUGUUGGUGACGGGCAUGGUUAAUGAUGUUUUGGGAUGUAUGUACAAUGUAUGGAUGGGUGAAUGCAUGGUGUU